UGGGUUUUCAUUUCAGUUUUUACUUCAGUUUCCAUUGUAUCAGUCGUAUUUGCGUACAGUUGCAGAUUGGUGCAUUAUUUAAUUGCUAAUAAACGUUCACCGGUACUUAGUGAUUAAUUUGUAUUAAUAAUUGCAAUUACAAUAGCGUAAAGAUCGUUCGAGUGUUUCGUAAAGUUGACGCCGUUAUCACGCUUAUCACUGAGAAACCGAACAAUAUUUUUAUAAAAGAUGAUGGAAGUGAAACAUUUCGCUAUACAUAUUGACAAUACGCAUUUGCCCAAAGCGGCGUUAAAGAUAAUAAAAAAUAUUCGUCUAGAUUGGAAGGCUGAAGAUGUACGAUUCAAGGUUUUUACCGAUGGUAUCACAAAUAAACUAAUCGGAUGCUAUUGCCUUAAUGAUCCCGAUGACAUUAUGCUCGUUCGAGUAUACGGCGAAAAAACCGAUCUAUUCAUCGAUAGACUCGUCGAAGUACAAAAUUUCAAACUUAUGAGUAGCAAAGGCUACGCCCCGAAGCUAUUUGCUACGUUCGACAAUGGCAUGGUGUACAGCUACAUUCCUGGCGACGUAUUAAACGUAACUAGCUGCAAAGAUGCAUCAAUCUAUCCACUAGUGGCAACCAUGUUAGCAAAAAUGCAUAAGCUGAGUUAUGACUCGAACGUGCCAAAGAUACCGCUCGUGUGGGACAAAUGUAAAUGUUUCAUCGAUCUUAUACCAGACCAGUAUUCGAGCACUGAUAAACAAUUACGAUUUAGUAAAAAUUUCCCCGGCGGUAAGAGUUUCCUAAAAGAGGAACUAGAAGAAUUAAAGAGGACAUUAGAAAACGUCAGUAAUCCGGUGGUGUUCUGUCAUAAUGAUUUAUUAUUGGCUAAUAUUAUACAUCGUAAUAAUUCAGUCACUUUUAUCGAUUACGAAUACGCUGGUUAUAAUUAUCAGGCUUUCGAUAUUGCUAAUCAUUUCGCCGAAUUUGCCGGCGUAUCCGAGUUCGAUUGUACGUUAUAUCCAUCGGAAGAAUUCCAACUGGAUUGGUUAAGAAAAUACUUAAAAGAGUAUUCAGAGAACGGAGUUUCCUUCAGUGAAGAACGUUUAAACCAGUUGUACCUGGAUGUUUGCAGAUUUUUCCCAAUCGCCCAUUUUCUAUGGUCUAUGUGGUCUCUAGUGCAAUUACAUCAUUCUUUUAUUGACUUUGAUUAUCUAGAAUACGCUGUUCAACGUUUUCAAGAGUAUAAAAAAUUCAAGAAGAAUAUUUACUACGCUUAAAAUGUCUACUUCAAGUGCUAUAGAUAAUCUAAGCACUGAAUGAUUAAUAACGAAGUUACCUGGUCAAGUCAUUUUUUAAUAGAAUGAUGAAAAUUUAAUUUAUUCGAAUAUUAUUGUCCAGAUAAGUACAUAAGUUGUACCUAUUUUUAAUGUCUACUUUACCAACGUAUGUGUGUCUAUAGCUGCAUACUACAGCUGCCCAGUAUAUUUUUAUCGUUUAUUACUUACUUGUUACGAAUUCCGUCUCAGUCACAUUUCAAGUUCUCUAAAUCAAAAUCAUGUUAUUCCCACCUUUUCAUAGAAUGAAAAAUAAAAAUACCUAUGUAUUAUACAUUGGUUUGAAGGACCUAUGAACCAUAUCAAAAAAAAAAAAAGCAUUCGCUGUUCAGUAUUUUAUUCGUUAAUUGCGUGUAAUUUUUUAUUCUAAGUACGAUUCUUGUCCUUGUUCAUUAUUUAUUUUUGACGAAUAUGUGCCAAAAUGUUUGAACUCCAUGUUGUUGGAUUCAAAAUGAAUGUGAUGUGUUGAUAAAUUGCUACUAUAGCAAUAACACCAUUUUUUUAAAAUCAAUUUUAUACACCGGUAGUAUUUUAAAUUUAAAACGUGCGCAGUCGUCACCACUUUUCAUUAAUCAUUAAUAAUUAUCUAUUUGUGAUGUUAUAUUAUUUAUUUUCUUUUGAUAUUAUUUAUUUAUUUCUUUUUUAAAUUUUUUUGUUUCGUUCUUUUUUUUUUGUAUUUUUGUAGUUAUACUACCUACUUGACGUCGUCGUUGAAUUGUAUAUUUGCGUGAUUGUGAUAAAAGAUUAUCCGCAAUGUUUAAUGUGCACGGCACAAAACAUUUUGUAGUGAUAAAUUUUACUGAAGUGUGUUUUCAAUAUGUUUGGAUGUAGUCGAUAUUGUCAUGACUAGACUGUCACUUCUGUUUAUUGUGCUGUGCUUCGCUUCCUUCAUGUAUUACUUAUAAUAUCAAUCAAAUAUAUUCGUUUCAAUUUUAA